AUGCUGCUCCAAGAUUACCUUAUUACGAAAAUAAAAGCAUGGAAACCGCAACCGCCAGAAGUUGAGAAGAGAAGCAGCCGUGACGUCACUCUGAACUUCUCAGCGGGCCCAUUCAGCUUCCUUGACGACCAGUUGUUGUUUAAAGUGGAGAAGAAAGAAAAAAUUCCUCCAUGGGUCGUUGUUUACAGCGGCGGAAAGUCCGCAAAAACAAUCGCCAACCUCGCGCCGAGUCAUCCGCACAGAUUCCGAUUUAAAAUCAUAAUCAAAUCAACGGCCCUAAGAGAUUUAACCGAGAGAGCUGUCAAACAUUACGGGGACAAAGAGAAGGUUUACGAAGCUCUCAAAGAAAUUAUUGAAUCAGAUCGCGAACAAAGUAAAGAAAAUAACUCAAGUGGAGUCGAUAACAGAGUCGAAGCCGUUCCUUCACAGACAAUGGACUGUGAAAAACAGCCAUUGUCUCACCAAAUCUUUGAAGGGAAUUUGAUCGAGAAAAGUGGUCGGUCAAAUCAUCGCCAGUGGUUGGAGUCGCAGUGGUCAGAAGACACGUGGACCAGCACCGACUCGGACGGUACAUCCAUCGUGUGCUUCUGUAUGGCCGUGCAAUGUGGAUAUCUUAAACAGGUGCAACAGAUGCUGGAAGAGCGGCCGGCACUUGUCUCAAUCAUCAACGGUCACAACGGGUACACGCCGCUCGCCACCGCAACGAGAAAAGGUGACUUAAAUAUGGUGCGAUUCUUACUGUCGUCCAACGCGGACAUCGAACAGCCAUCCUCGACGGGACAAACCCCGCUGCACCUUGCCGUGCUCUCCGGACAUACAGCUGUUGCAGAUCUACUGUUGGAGAGAGGAGCCAACUUCCAGGCUCGUGACCUCAACCAACUCCGCGUGGAGCACUACGCUGUCGACUCGUGCCGGCUUGAAGUGGUCAAAUAUGUUUUUGGGAAAGGCGGUGAUGUCAGUGUGAGGGACAGCAACUCGUGGACUCCUCUCAUGCGAGCAGUGUGUCAAGGCGCUAAAACAGAUAUCAUAGAGGAGUUGGUCCGCCGCGGUAGUGAUGUGGAUGCAACUGACCGCGCGGGGCUGAGCUUGGCAGCCGCCGCGCGACUGUUGAAGGACAGACACGGUCGUCGAAGGGAGUCAGUUCUCCGGCUCGUUGACUCUCAGUUCCACCGCGAGAAGAUCGUCGCCAACUUCACGCGUCUCACCAAGAAGAUAUCGAGCGUUCACACCUUGCUUAGUAUUAAGUAA